UCUGCCAAUCGCUUGUAUCAACCCCUUUGACGAAGAUCAGACAACAGCAGCUACAGUGCAGACAUGGCUGAAAGAGGUUACAGUUUCUCCCUCACCACAUUCAGCCCUUCGGGCAAAUUGGUGCAGAUUGAAUAUGCUCUUGCUGCUGUUGCUGCAGGAGCUCCAUCAGUUGGAAUUAAAGCUGCAAACGGGGUUGUUUUAGCAACAGAAAAGAAACAGAAGUCCAUCCUCUAUGAUGAGCAGAGUGUUCACAAAGUGGAGCCCAUAACUAAGCACAUCGGCAUGGUGUACAGUGGAAUGGGACCAGACUAUAGGGUUCUUGUGAGAAGAGCACGGAAACUGGCCCAGCAGUACUUCCUGGUGUAUCAGGAGCCCAUUCCCACAGGACAGCUUGUACAGAGGGUGGCCUCAGUCAUGCAGGAGUACACACAGUCGGGGGGUGUUCGUCCCUUUGGUGUGUCUCUCCUGAUCGCUGGAUGGGAUGAAGACCGUCCCUACCUUUUCCAGUCUGACCCUUCAGGUGCUUAUUUUGCCUGGAAAGCCACAGCUAUGGGGAAGAACUAUGUGAAUGGGAAAACCUUCCUUGAGAAAAGAUACAAUGAGGAUCUCGAAUUGGAGGAUGCCAUCCACACAGCCAUUUUGACUCUGAAAGAAAGUUUUGAGGGUCAAAUGACAGAAGACAACAUUGAAGUUGGCAUCUGCAAUGAGAACGGAUUCAGACGACUCUCCCCUGCUGAGGUCAAGGACUACCUCGCCGCUAUCGCUUAACUACUUGUGUGUAAUAUUUAAUGUGAUGGAACAUUAAUACUGUAUUAGCAGUUUCACAGCAUUUUUAUAACGUCAGUUUUUUUUUUUUUUUUUUUUGUUGACAAAAAAAAUAAAUAAAUAAAAUAAACUAA